AUGGCCACCAGAUUCAACAAGCAUGUCCCGCACACCAUCUUCGUCAAUCUCAAAUCCACCGUCAUCGACAAAGUCUAUGACACCUAUCGUCAACUUUUCCACCCCGAACAACUCAUCUCCAACAAGGAAGAUGCUGCCAACAACUUUAUGUAUCGGACUGUUAAGAACACUAACAAACUUGUAGCUUCUUCAGGAGGGUCUAUUCUCGGAUUGAAGUUUCUAGAUCCCCUUGCUGAACUUCUCGUCUCAGGCAUGAUUUUGAAAGCUGGAGCUGAAACAGGAAACUCAUCCACAACUAAUUUUGAUGACAAUGACCCUAGGAAUGAGUGUGUCAUAUGCAUGACUGAACCAAAGGAUACUACUGUUUUACCUUGUCGACAUAUGUGUAUGUGCAAUGAGUGUGCAAAUGCUCUUCAACAUCAAUUCAAUAAAUGCCCUAAAUGCCGACAACCUAUUGAGGAACUUAUUGAGAUCAAGAUGAACAAUGGUGAUCAAUGA